AUUGCAACAACUUCGCGAACUACAAUUACAUUAAUUAUAGAAGACCCAUUCCCAUUUUUUAUACUAGUUUAAAGUACACAAGUUGUACACGAAACUGAUCUAUAUUUUAGAAAAGGACCCCUUUUAGCCUAUCAGAAAUAUAGCUGUGAAUAUCGUUGAUUAUCGUUUAAAAAAGCUAGUUUUCGAGACAAGCAAAAGAAGUCUCAGCAAGUCGAGGAAAGAAAAACUUGCUUUUUUAAACGAUAUUCACAGCAAUAUUACCCCAUGAAAAAUGGUAGAGUGACCGGAAUUACCCCAAAGCACAUAUCUCUAAAAAAUGACUAUGUCUUUUGAUUUCCCUAAUCUGGAAUUAACUAAUUAAUGGUAAGUAUGACUGCAGUGCGAAUUAGACAGGUGGAUAGAACUCACAAUUCUGCAUAUGAUGGUCUAAUUUUUAAUUACAAAGGUGAAAGUUCACCGUUGAAAAAAGUUGGUUUAGUUUUGUACCAGCCAUUUUGGCUGUGUUGACCGGAAUUACCCGAACGGCAACCGUUCACUGACCGGAAUUACCCCAAAUGGGGUAAUUCCGGUCAUUUAAUACCAGCCGACUAGAAAUUGAUCAGAACUAAUUAUCUCUAAUGAAUAUUAACAUGAUUUUUGCAUCAGUCGAUAGCUAAGAGUCAGAUCUAUCUACCUGUGCAAAACCGUUUUUUUCUGGUUAAAAAUGACUUAGCUAUGAGCAAAAUACUGAAAAGAUUUCUGACAUUGACCGGAAUUACCCCGAGGCACUCUAUUUCAUUGCCAUGAAAAAUUAAAGAAAUUUUUAAUGAAUAAAUCACAAAUACAAAUAGAAGAAAAUCCAAAUGUACAAUUUAGUUUACACCUUUAUCUUCGUCAUUGUAUUCGUUCCACAUAUUAUACGUCGUUUAUUAAAUGUGAUGAUAAAUAUUGUGUAGAUUGUCCUCGUUAUCCAAUUCGUGCUACAAAAACAAUAUCUUUACUUCGUGCUGGUGGUGGAUAUAUCCCUUGGCCAACAAUGACAUUUAGUAAUAAACAUUAUGAUACGUUUUUACAAAGAACAUAUUCAAUAUUAUCCGGUGAAAAAAAUCUUUAUCCAGAUGAAAAUUUAAUGACAGGAUCAAAAGUCAAAUGUUCAAAAUGCAAAUUGCCAUACGUAUUUCUCUCAAAAGCAGAUGAAGACAGACAUAAUCAGUGGAUCCAUACACCAAAACAGAAACUCAAAAGAUCUUCAACUCAAGCAAAUAAAAUGUUAAAACGAAGAAGACGUUCUCUUUCAAUUGAAUAUUAA